UCACGCCAAACACUUUACAUGACUGUUUGGCUGGUUUGGAUCGACUAAACUCCUUGUAGUUUUCUGGUUCUGGGGAACAAACGGAAGAUGUGAGCUUUAAUUGUUCACCAUGUCCUGGUGUGACUUUGCAAUUAAAAAGUUGGGCUUCCCAACCAUUGAGCUGUUUGUAAAGGCAGGAAGUGACGGCGAGAGCAUCGGUAACUGUCCCUUCUCUCAGAGACUCUUUAUGAUCCUCUGGCUCAAAGGAGUUAUCUUCAACGUCACCACUGUCGACCUCAAACGGAAGCCGGCAGACCUGCAGGAUCUCGCUCCAGGAACCAACCCUCCGUUUGUGACGUUUAACGGCGAAGUUAAAGUCGACGUCAACAAGAUUGAGGAGUUCCUGGAGGAAAAGCUGACCCCGCCACGCUACCCAAGACUGGCUGCUAAACACGCUGAAGCUAACACAGCGGGCAUUGACGUGUUCGCCAAGUUCAGCGCUUACAUCAAAAACUCCAGGAAAGACACCAAUGAGGCCUUAGAGAAAGCAUUGCUGAAGUCUCUCCGGCGUCUUGAUGACUUCCUGCGGACGCCGCUGUCUGAGGAGAUUGAUGCCGAUGCCGCAGGAGAUGUUCCUGACUCGUCCAGGAGUUUUCUGGAUGGCUCCGAGUUAACGUUGGCUGACUGUAAUCUGCUGCCAAAAUUGCACAUCCUUAAGGUCGUAGCCAAGAAGUACCGCGGCUUUGAGAUCCCGGCGGAGAUGACGGGGCUGUGGCGGUAUUUAAACUCCGCCUAUCAGAGGGAGGAGUUCACCAGCACCUGCCCCGCCGAGAGGGAGAUCCAGGUCGCCUAUUUGGAUGUUGCAAAAAAAAUCAUAUGAGACAUGACGGAGACAAAGCAGACAGGAGAAAGUGUGCAGAGAUAAAUCAUGCGUUAGUUUGGGUGGUACAAUAAGUAGACAGAUAGAAGAUGUAAGGAAAUCCUGAUAAAUUUACAUGAACAUGCAGGAGAACAACCCGUAGAUUCCACCAGGCGUGUCUGUGCUUCAUUGACAUUUGGUUUCAUACUUUCUGUAAUAAAACAUCUAAAACAAAUCAAAAAUCCCAUGAGAUGGUGAACCCCGGUACAAAAUCUUAUCUUAUCGACUAAUUUGUGUCAGUUUAGGCCAUGGCGUUUUCCAAAUAAACUCCCUGUGCACACUUCCGAU